AUGCAGCCGGCUGUGAAAUACGAGGAUUCGAACUUCGCGUGCCACGGCUGGAGCUUUAUGUUCAGGAGCUCGGGGAUCAUUCCGUCGGUGGACUACGAGGGGGUGGCCAAGGAUCUGGGUCUGAGGAUCAUGCCCGCGCUCUACUACGGACAGUCCUUCGGCACCCUCUCCUUCCCCGCAAAGGGCGUCGAGAUCACAUUCGACCCGAAAGAGGCCCUACGGCCGGUCAACUUUAAGGUUCGGGCCGACUGUACCGCGACCCAGGGUCAAUCAAGCGAGGUCAAGACCAAGCACUACGCGGCCUGGAAGGACAAGGCAGUCGACCCUUCCAUUGAACUGGCGGAGGUCAAGCAGGUGGGCGACUCCUUCCUGGCCACGCCUUACCGCGGGCAAUUUGCCGGGCUGAAGGCGACUGUGGUGGUGCUGUUCGAGGACGAGCUGGACGACAACGGGUUCUGCAGGCUGGAGCUGAGGUUCCGGGUGAUGGGGGACAGCUUCUUCGGGCUGCUGCGGUACUUCCUCAGAGUGGACGACGUGGUGAUCAGACUGUACGACACGCGGUUCUACACCG